AGCCUCGCGGGACCGGAAGUGCCGAAUGGGGAGCAAGAUGGCGGACCUCGAGUCGCCUCCGAAGUUGUCAGGGGUGCAGCUGCCGUCUGAGGGGGUGGGAGGUGGCCGCUGCUCCGAAAUCUCCGCUGAGCUCAUUCGCUCCCUGACAGAGCUGCAAGAGCUGGAGGCUGUAUACGAACGGCUCUGCGGCGAGGAGAAAGUGGUGGAAAGAGAGCUAGAUGCCCUUUUGGAACAGCAAAACACCGUUGAAAGUAAGAUGGUCACUCUCCACCGAAUGGGGUGAGUCUCAAGCUGCAGCCC